CCAUCUCCUCCCUAAAUACUCGUACCCUACCUUUAGUUCUGCCUAGUCGCUCAUAAUCAAGCUGUCAGUCUUUGCUAAACACUCGUGCCGGGAUCGCCUGCAAUGAAGUUCUACUCCCAGUCCUUCUUGUACGACGAUCCCUGGUCCAUCGUCUCGCUCGCGUAUCUACUCCGAUACCCCAACCCGUACGCGAACCAUAUACUCUCCUGCGACGUCAUCUCGCGCGAGGUCACACCCGAGGGCUCGCUUCGCACGACACGCCUCAUCCUCAAGAAGGGUUCGCUGCCUCGAUGGGCGCCGGCGGGCAUGAUCCAGCGCGCGGAGUCUUGGGUGCUCGAGGAGAGCGAGGUUGACCCGCUUGGGAAGAACAUGCGGUGCACGACGAAAAACCUUGACCAUGUCAAGGUCAUGCGUGUCGAGGAGCACAUUCACAUACGCCAGGCGGAAGAUGGGAAAACGCUACAGACCACGGAGGCUAUGUUCUUGUCUGGUUUCGGCUGGGGCCUGACGAAGAAGAUUGAGAAUUACGGGCUUGCGAAGUUCAAGGCGAACUUGCAGCGGUCUCGCGAGGGCUUCUUCGUCAUCCUUGACCUCAUCCGUCAAUCCCGUAUGCAACCUAUGACCAUGGGCGCGCCGAGUUCUUUCCUCUCUCACCGUUCCAUUGCGGGUCCAGACGCAAAACCUCCCGCUCAUCACGAGGUGCCUGCGAAGGGCGACAGUAGGGAAGACGGUGCUUCCAGCCCCGCCCCUGCAAGAAGAGGGUAUUGGGCCAGGUGGAAGACCUGGCUUGGUUCAGGCUGAAGUUGCUCGUCUCGAUUAAUAUUAUCCUGAUUAUUGAACGGCCCUUCGUGAUUUUAUCCGAUCCUGCUCCCUGCUCAGUUCCUGUCUCUUCGGUAUUGUGUCGUGGGUCGUGCAUGUUUUUUCGUUGUACCAUUCGUGUAUUUGUAGUCAUCGUAGUCAGUACUUGCCCACGUUCGUCAAUCGCAUUCAUAGUAUACGUUCG